AUGAAGUACUUCGUGCUUUCUUGGGUGGUUGCAGCUCUGUUGUCGACCACAUCGGCAUGGCCAUAUGACGAAUCGCUGGUUGACUACAACCUCAACGAGAAUAAGACUGCCACUAACCCUGUCGACUACUGGGGAGAAUGGCCAGGUCAUGAGGGCAAAUAUCAUCCCUCCCCAGAUAACUGGCGGUUCCCAUUCUACACUCUUAUGCUGGAUCGCUUCGUCAACGGCGACCCAACAAACGAUAAUAUCAAUGGAUCACUAUUCGAACACGACCUCACCUCCAACCAGAUGCGCCAUGGUGGAGAUGUCGCCGGUUUACUAGAUACACUGGACUACCUCCAAGGAAUGGGUAUCAAGGGGCUCUAUCUGGCUGGAACCUCGCUUAUGAAUCAGCCUUGGGGAUUUGAUGGAUACUCUGCCCUCGAUACCACCUUGCUCGAUCAGCAUUAUGGUACUAUACAGGUCUGGCGAAAUGCUAUUACCGAGAUCCAUAAGCGCGGGAUGUAUGUCCUAUUUGACAACACGAUCGCAACUCUGGGUGACUUGAUCGGCUUCGAGGGAUACCUCAAUACCACGACGCCUUUCUCCGUGAAAGAACACCCGACCACCUGGAAGAGUGAUCGUCGAUAUGUCGACUUCGACAUCGGAAACACUUACAACUCAACCUGCGACUACCCACGCUUCUGGUACGAGAACGGAUUCCCCGUCAACGAAUCGAUGACAGCUGGGCUGGUCGGUUGCUAUGACAGUGACUUCGAUCAAUAUGGCGACAUCGAGGCCUUCGGCGUGUUCCCUGACUGGGAACGUCAACUGGCAAAAUUUGCUUCGGUGCAGGAUCGUCUACGAGAGUGGCACCCUGUAGUCCGAAGUAGACUGAUCCGACACUCCUGCAUGGUGAUCGCCUCUCUCGAUAUCGAUGGCUUCCGCUACGAUAAGGCAACCCAAGCCACCGUUGAUGCGCUCGGAGACAUGUCCAACGCCUAUCGUGAAUGCGCCCGUGCCGUCGGCAAGGAAAACUUCUUUAUUGCAGGUGAAAUCACUGGUGGUAACACCUUUGGUUCGAUCUAUCUCGGUCGCGGAAGGCAGCCUAACCAGUUCCCGCCCGAUGCGAUUGCUGCCAUGAAGAUGACCAACGAGUCGGACGCGCAGUACUUCUUGCGGGAGGCUGGACAGGAAGCUAUCGACGGCGCUGCAUUCCAUUACUCGGUCUACAGAUCUAUGACUCGAUUCCUGGGUAUGGAUGGACAGCUUUCAGCCGGCUAUGAUGUACCAAUUGACUGGAUCAACGCAUGGAAUGAGAUGCUGCAGUCGAACGACCUCGUGAAUGCGAACACGGGGAAAUUCGAUCCUCGCCAUAUGUUUGGCGCGACCAACCAGGAUGUUUUCCGUUGGCCUGCUAUUCAAUAUGGCACUGAGCGACAGUUACUUGCCAGCUUCAUCACCACUCUGCUUCUCCCCGGAAUCCCUCUCGUCCUCUGGGCGAAGAGCAAGCAUUCUAUGUCCUUGACGCGACCGCGGAGAACUAUAUCUACGGACGAGUCAUCCCAGUACUAUCACUGGCCGAUCGACAAAGCUCGUGACGGUUGCCGCGAUGACACUGUCUCCUAUGACCACCGUGAUCCAUCCCACCCGGUGCGAAAUGUGAUGAAGCACAUGUAUCAAAUGCGCGAUGACUUCCCCGUUCUGAACGACGGAUAUUCAAUCCAGAACAUGUCAAAGCAGACCGAAGAUGUCAUCUAUCCUGGUUCCGAUGGAGUUCCCACCGAGACUGGAAUGUGGUCCGUCGUUCGAAAUGUCAAUCCCGACGUUCAAGAUCUUGGCUCUGAUGCGGACAACCAGCCAAUUUGGCUUGUCUACCAGAACGUCAACCGCACCAUCCACUACGAGUUUGACUGCAAUGACAAUGAUACUGCCUUGAUCUCUCCGUUCCCGACACAUACUCGAGUCAAGAACUUGUUCUACCCCCCAUGA